AUGGGGGCCAAAGGGCUUGAACUGACAUUUUUGCUCAUCUACCUGGCGCUGAUAGUUGGCUCACUUUCUCAGACUGCCAAUGCAUCUCACCUCGGCAAAGUGUGCACAACUUGGGGACACUAUCAUUUCAAGACCUUUGAUGGAGAUUUCUUCCAGCUGAACUCAAGCUGUAACCAUGUCCUUGUGUCACAAUGCAAGAGCAGCUAUGUAAACUUUUUCAUCCAGAUGAGGCGGAGUGUGGUCAACAACAUUCCCACAGUCAGCAAAAUCAUCAUGGUGCUCGAAGGUUCUGAAGUGGUGCUCUCCAAAGGCUCAGUGCUUGUCAAUGGCAAGAUGGAGUCGCUACCAUUCACUGAAUCAGGAGUGACUGUCAAGGGAACCACGUCUAGUAUCUCUGUUGAAGCUAUUCUAGGAAUCAAAGCUAUCUGGAACCUGGACGACUCCCUUGAUAUUGAAAUAAAUGAGAAAUAUCAGAACCAGUUAUGUGGACUGUGUGGAAACUUUGAUGGCAUAUCCAAUGAAUUCAUGAAAGAUGGAACUCCAUUGUCUGUGACAGACUAUGCUGAGACCUGGAAGGUGAACGGCCCCACAGAGAGCUGUGAGGAGACUGACCUUAACCCAGUCCUGAGCUGUGGUGAUAAGCAAUUCUGUGACCAGAUUUUCUCCAGUGCUCCAUUUGGAGAUUGCCAAAACCUUCUUGAUGUGGAGUCCUUCAGUAAAGCCUGUGUGGUGGACAUGUGUGACUCUAACAACGACACUGACAUGGUCUUCUGCAAGACAAUCUCAGAGUUUUCCAGACAGUGUGUCCAUGCAGGUGGCAAGCCUCAAGAAUGGAGGAAUGAAACAUUUUGCUACAAGAAAUGUCCAUACAACAUGGUGUUCUUGGAGUGUAGCAGUUCAUGUCCUGACAGCUGCUCCACCCCUCAUGCCAGCCAGACAUGUGACAGCCACUGUCAUGAUGGCUGCAGCUGCCCUGCUGACGGUGCAUGCGCCUAUGUAUUCUCGGACGUCCUGGGCCAACGAGGGCCACCAGAACAAAUGUUGGAGAAACGUGAUGUUCGAAACACUCCGGGAUGGCAAGGAAAAAUGGGCCGUGUGAGCCCAGUGCAGCUUGGAGUGGACCGAGGAAUGGUCUUUGAUGACAUUGGGAACAGUGGAUGUAUUGCAGUCUCUGAGUGUCCGUGUCUCCACAACAACCAAAUGUACAAGUCAGGAGAGUUCUACUCCCACCACUGUGGAUCAUGUGUGUGUGAAAGCGGUCAGUGGAGCUGUACAGAGACGAAUUGUCCAGGAACCUGUUCUGUGAAAGGAGGCGCUCAUAUUAACUCCUUUGAUGGAAAAGUCUAUACCUUCCAUGGCGAUUGCUCCUAUGUUCUGGCUAAGCAGAGUGAUGGCUUAUCCUACACUGUGCUGGUGGAUCUGGUCAAGUGUGGACUAAGUGACACAAAGACUUGCCUCAGAGCUGUAACUGUGGCCUUACGCAGCAAUUCUGUGGUCAUUAAAGUUCAGGCAUCUGGGCAGGUCUAUGUGAACCAGAUUCUUUCUCAGCUUCCACUGUUUACAGCUGACCUAAGAGUCUUUAGGCCAUCUUCCUUCUACAUCCUCAUAAGCACUGAGGUGGGCAUACAAGUGAUGAUCCAGCUGUCUCCUGUGAUGCAGGUGUUCAUUUCAGCUGACAAAUCACUCAGUGGAACUACAUCUGGUUUGUGUGGAAACUUCAACGAUAUAAUGAGUGAUGACUUUAGAGUGACAAGCGGACUGGUGGAGGGAACUGCUGCAGCAUUUGCUAAUACAUGGAAAACCAGAUCGAGCUGCCCAGACAUCAAAACAUAUUUUGGAGACCCUUGUAAUGACAACAUCAUUACAGCAAAGUUUGCUAAUUACUGGUGUUCCAAAUUAACUGAUCCCAAGGGAGUGUUUGCUCCCUGUCACUCUGUCAUCAGCCCCAGCACAUAUAAAGAUAACUGCAUCUAUGACAGCUGUAACUGUGAAAAAACUGAGGAUUGCAUGUGUGCUGCAGUUUCCUCAUAUGUCUAUGCCUGCUCAGCAGCAGGAAUCUUCAUCAGUGGCUGGAGGGAAACCAUCUGUGAUAAAUUCAGUACAUCAUGUGCAGCAGAAACAGUGUAUGGCUACAACAUGACCACCUGUGGGCGUACCUGCCGUUCCCUCAGCCAGACUGACUACUCUUGUCAGGUCAGCUUCACCACAGUGGACGGCUGUGGCUGUGCUGAAGGAACUUAUAUGAAUGAGGAAGGCCAGUGUGUAGCCAGUGCAAACUGUCCUUGCUAUGAUGAAGACACUAUUAUUCCGCCUGGAGAGACUAUCAUGUUACCAGUGUGUGUUGCCCCCAUGGUGUACUUUGACUGUUCCACUGCUCAACCUGGAGUUACUGGCACUGAGUGUCAAAAGAGCUGCAGCACCCCUGACAUGGAUUGCAUCCACACAGGCUGUACAUCAGGCUGCAUAUGUCCAGAUGAUUUGUUUUCAGAUGGAGCAGGAGGCUGUGUCAAUGAGACCAGCUGUCCAUGUCUACACAAUGGACAAGUCUACCAGCCAGGAGAGACACUCACAGUUGACUGCAACACCUGUUCCUGCAGUGGAAGGAAGUUCACAUGUACCAACAACAUUUGUGAUAGUGUUUGUGGAAUCUAUGGAGAUGGUCACUACGUCACCUUUGAUGAUAAGAGGUUCGACUUCAGUGGACAGUGUGAAUACACGCUUGUCCAGGACUACUGUGGAAGUGGUAACAGCAAUGGAAGCUUCAGAAUUAUUACUGAAAAUGUUCCAUGUGGAACCACGGGAACCACCUGCUCUAAGACCAUCAAGAUCUUCCUGGAGGAUAAUGAAUUCCAACUUAAAGAUGACAACUUCCAGGUGGUGAAGGGCACCAUCCAGGUGCUCCCUGCUCAGAUACAAAAAAUGGGUGUUUACAUAGUGGUGACAAUAAAGCCAGGACUUGUGCUCAUGUGGGACCAGAAAACCAGUCUUUUCAUUACACUCAGUCCACAGUUCCAGGGUCAAGUCUGUGGUCUGUGUGGAAACUAUGAUGGUAACAGUAAGAAUGACUUUACCACACGUUCCCAGGAAACAGUGGCAGAUGUUCUACAAUUUGGUAACAGCUGGAAAGUUUCCUCUAGUUGCCCCAGUGCCCAGUUAAUCAGUGAUCCCUGUGCCUCUAAUCACUAUCGGGCAGCAUGGUCUCAAAAACAGUGCAGUAUCAUUACCAGUGUCACCUUCCAGAGCUGUCAUUCACAGGUUGAUCCCGGUCCAUAUUUUGAAUCCUGCGUGAGAGACUCUUGUGCUUGUGAUACUGGUGGGGACUGUGAGUGUUUCUGCACUGCUGUGGCCGCCUAUGCCAAAGCUUGUAAUAAAGCCGGAGCCUGUGUUAAAUGGAGGACUCCGAAGUUGUGUCCUAUUUUCUGUGACUACUAUAACUCACCUGGUGAAUGUGAGUGGCACUACAAGCCUUGUGGAGCUGAUUGCAUGAAGACAUGUAGGAAUCCAUCCGGAAACUGCUCCAGUCUUAUCACCAACCUGGAAGGCUGCUAUCCACAGUGCCCCCCAACUCAACCCUACUUUGAUGAAGACAGUAUGAAGUGUGUCACCUGGGACCAUUGUGGAUGUUAUGAUGACCAAAGCACCCAUUACAGCAUAGGUGAAAAGAUUCCAUCAGAAAACUGCUACAGUUGGUGUUCAAACAACAGGCCAGGGACCCACAGUUGUAACAUCAAGACCAUCUGUCAGUACUUCCACUACAACAGGGCCUUUCACCAGGACAGAGGGAACAUCAUUUACAACCACAGAAAGGAAAGCAUCAGAAGCUACAACACUGACAAUUGCGACAACAAAACCAUCAGAAGUAGUUACAUCGGGACCAGGCCUUUCACCAGGACAGAGGGAACAUCAUUUACAACCACAGAAAGGAAAGCAUCAGAAUCUACAACACUCACAAUUGCGACAACAAAACCAUCAGAAGUAGUUUCAUCGGGACCAGUAACAUCCUCUACCACAGCUGUUGUUGAAACCACCAGCCAGGCUCCAGGCGUUCAAACAACAGGCCAGGGACCCACAGUUGUAACAUCAAGACCAUCUGUCAGUACUUCAAGUACAAAUGUGCCUUUCACCACCACAAGAGAAGCAACAUCUACUCCUUCAGAAACGGCAGCACCAGAAGCUACAACACUGACAAUUCCAGGCUCCAGGCGUUCAAACAACAGGCCAGGGACCCACUGUUGUAACAUCAAGACCAUCUGUCAGUACUUCAAGUACAAAUGUGCCUUUCACCACCACAAGAGAAGCAACAUCUACUCCUUCAGAAACGGCAGCAUCAGAAGCCACAACACUGACAAUUGUGACAACAAAACCAUCAAAAAAACGGCAGCAUCAGAAUCUACAACACUGACAAUUGUGACAACAAAACCAUCAAAAGUAGUUACAUCGGGACCAGUAACAUCCUCUACCACUGCUGUUGUUGAAACCACCAGCCAGGUUCCAGGCGUUCAAACAACAGGACAAGAAACCACUGUUGUAACAUCAAGACCAUCUGUGAGUACUGCCACUACAACAGGGCCUUUCACCAGCACAGAGGGAACAUCAUUUACUACUUCAGAAACGGCAGCAUCAGAAGCUACAACACUCACAAUUGUGACAACAAAACCAUCAAAAGUAGUUACAUCGGGACCAGUAACAUCCUUUACCACAGCUGUUGUUGAAACCACCAGCCAGGCUCAAGGCAUUCAAACAACAGGCCAGGGACCCACAGUUGUAACAUCAAGACCAUCUCCAGGCUCCAGGCGUUCAAACAACAGGCCAGGGACCCACUGUUGUAACAUCAAGACCAUCUGUCAGUACUUCAAGUACAAAAGUGCCUUUCACCACCACAAGAGAAGCAAUAUCUACUCCUUCAGAAACGGCAGCAUCAGAAGCUACAACACUGACAAUUGCGACAACAAAACCAUCAAAAGUAGUUACAUCGGGACCAGUAACAUCCUCUACCACUGCUGUUGUUGA